AGAGACUUUUAACUAAAAAUAUUAUAUUCUAAGCCUAUUUGUAUUUAAAAAAAAAUGUAUCAGAUGUACUUUAUGUUGUUCCUACUUCAUAUAAAAAUAGAUCUCAAUGACUUUUUUUCAAAACACAAAAUCGUUUCAGAGAGCACAGUAUGAAAAAUCAUAAGCCAAACUCAAAAUUGCUACAAUUUCAAUUACAACUACAAUUGCGAUUAUAAUUACAAUUAAUUACGAUAUAUAUAUGUAUUGUUCAGUUUCCCAUUAAUUAUAUCCGGACAAUAUAUAGGUGGCAAAGUAGGCAUUCUCUACCAUAUGUUAUCAAAGUAUAUAAAACUUACUCCUCAUUUUAAUUAAAUGACAAAAAAUUAGAACUUUACAUCAUUUUCAGAAUAAUUGAGUGAUGACCAAGAUACAUAUAUAUCUCAUGGUCUAAAAUAGUCUGCUGAACAAACAUAAUUGAGGAUUAAUUUUCAGCUAUAAAUACAUACCCCGUUUUCUUUUUCUACAUAUCACAAUUACCUCUAAAAAUAAAUUCAAAGAAAAUAUAUACACAUACCUACUCUGUUAACAUGAAAAUGUCUGGAAUUAAUUUGUUAUUCCUCGCAGUUCUUUCCGUUUUUGUUUCUUUAUUAGCGGAUGCCUACGAUCCCAACCCGUUGCAGGAUUUCUGCGUAGCUGUCAACGAUUCCGAUGCCGCUGUGCUUGUGAAUGGGAAGAUAUGCAAGGACCCGAAAACAGUGACAGCAGACGACUUCUACCAUACGGGUCUGAACAAACCCGGGGAAAUAAUAAGUCAAUACGGGUCAAAAGUGAGUCUUGUUUUUAUCAAUCAGCUAGCUGGUCUCAACACACUCGGAAUUUCUUUAGUACGAAUCGACUUUGCAGUUGGGGGAGUAAACCCACCGCACUCGCAUCCACACGCAUCCGAAAUUCUUCUAUGUACGGAAGGCACUCUUUAUGCGGGCUUCAUUUCAUCGAACCCUUCGAAUCCAGGUGACAAAAACAGGCUAUUUGCAAAGAUAUUGAAUCCAGGAGAUGUAUUUGUGUUCCCAAAGGGUCUCAUUCAUUUCCAGUACAACCUCGGAAACGAAACGGCAGCUGCAAUAGCUAGUCUUAACAGCCAAAAUCCAGGUGUCGUCACUUUAUCUAAGUCCGUGUUUGGAUCUGAUCCUCCAGUGAUGCCUGAAGCUCUCGUUAAGGGAUUCCAACUCGACAUCGAAGUUGUUCGCCAGCUCCAAUCGCUCACCUGGAUCGGGAAUGGCUAAUGAAUCUUACAUAUUCAUCAUGAGAAUGCCAUUGCGCAUAUAUAUCUAUAUGCAUUCAAAUAAAAUAGGAUUGCUUUCAAAAUAAGUAUGUCGUAAUAAUUAAGUAAUAACUGUGGUUUUCUUAUGUAAUGAGUACGCACUCUCCUAUCAAUAUUAUUACAAGUAAUUUCAUUACUUGUGUAUGAUCUCUUGAAUGUUUGUAUCAGUCAAUAAAAUCUUCGGUUUUUGUUAGGCUCUAUUUC